AUGAGGAGUCAACUAAUGGUGCAGCCAGAGUACUUCAGUUCAUCUCGUAUAUCAGACUCGAAAGCAGGACGCCGCUGUUGUGCGUGUUCGUUCAUUUUGCCAUUUUCAAAACAAAGAAAACAAUCUCACAUACACACACAAACACGCGAACAGCAAAAAGAAGAGGCUGCCUGGCUUAUCGGGAAUUAAUAGUUCAUUGUCGCCAUGAGGUUACCAAUAGCGACAUUUGUGCUAUUAAUUCUGAUUUUUGGACUCACAUGUGCCAGAGAAAUAACACAUGAGGAUAUAAAAAGUGCGAUGCUGAGUCUCGUGCAUGUGAUGCGCGAUGACACGGGCAAACUAGAAAGGCACGAGGCACGUGAACGACAAUUGGGUGAAGAAUUAAAAAAAUCAUUAUCACUUUUGACAAAAAAAAUGACAAUUGUUGAGGGUUUUCAUCCACAUUUAAUGAAAUUAAACGAUAGAGUUGCAGGAAUUGAGAAACUUAUUGCACAGAGAGAUGAAAGAGAAAGGAUACAAAUGCAAAAAACUGCUGACACAUUGGAAGAUUUGGAAAAACGUUUAAACAAUUGGAUGAUAUCAAUUGAAAAUAAAAUCAGUGAUAUUAAUGAUCAUUCUUUGGAAUCAACGUCUGACACAAAUUCACAAAUAAUUUCAAAACUCAAUGAAUCGCAAACAAUGAUGAGCAAAGAAUUUGAUAAAUUUGGUGCAAACAUGAAUGAUAUGCAUCAUAAAAUGAAGAAUGAAGCUAAUCAACUUAAGGAAACAAUUCAAAAUAUUGCAUCCGAGGUGAAAAAUACUGGCUCAACAAUUUCGAAUGUCGACAAUUCAGUGGGAAAAAUAAAGGAGAUUGUAAAAAAUGUCGAAAAUAAACCAAAAACAUCGUCAGAAAUUGGAAAUACACUAACAGAACAAAGUCGAGUGCUUGCAAGAUUAAAAGAACUUAUGCAAGACACAUCCGAGAGACUACAAGAAUUGCCGAGAAUUUCAGAGUUGCAUUCACUGCAUAAUGAAACACAAAUGGCGCUACAAGAUACAAAACAUGUCCUGAGGGAUUACGUGACUCGUGGAAACGAUGGACUCGAGAGUAAAAUUGUUGAAAGCAAAGAAGACAUUAAAUAUGUAAUCAGCAAUCUUCGAAUGGAUAUGGGCGCUAAUGCUGAUCGAAUGAAACAAGAAUUACAGGAUUUAGAAAAAGGACAAUCGGUAAUGGUCUCAAUGGCCGAUCAUGUUUUAGAUACAAAAAAACGUGUUGAAUAUGGCGUACAUCAAAUAUUAUUGGAAGUUGGCGAUUUAUUAAAAGCCCAAAGUGCAAAUAUUAAUAAUACAAUGAAUACACGAUUUGAUGGAAUUUCAAAUGAUAUAAUGGAUAAUCAAAAUGAUGCUUUAUCUAAUUUAACAACAAAAAUGGAACAACAAAUGAAUCAGGUAUGGAGACAAAUUAAUGUUAUGUAUCAACAAAUGAUGGAAAGUGCUAAAUCACUCGAUAAAUUACAUGAACAAAAUGAAGUUUAUGUUAAUGGUACCACAUCGACAAUGGGGGGAAUGAAAAAUAAGGUGGGAGAAAUAACAAAGAGAAUGUCAGAAGUGGAUGAAAAUUUAAAUUAUCUUUUAGGACGAUUAUCUCUUGUCACACAAGAAUUUAAUCAAAUAAAAAGUGGUCUUGGCGCAGCUCUCGACAAUAUUAAAGCAUCCUUUAAAGAAGUUCAAGAAAAAGCAAAUGAUUUAACUCCCGGCCCUCAUCAAAUACCCGAAAAUUAUAAAGAACUUGAUGAAUCAAAAACAGAUCCCGAAAUAGUUAAAUAAUUCAAAAAAAAAAAAAAACAUAACAAAAAAAUGAAGAUAAUUUUUUUUUAAAGAAAAUUUGUUUAAUUUAAAAAAGAAAAAAUCAUUUUAAAAAAUUGUUUCUUUUAAAAAAGGAAAUUUUUUUUCAAAAAGAAAAAUUUUUCUUUGAAAAAAAAUCUUUUCUUUGAAAAAAAAUCUUUUCUUUGAAAAAAAAAAAAUCUUUUCUUUGAAAAAAAAAAAUCUUUUCUUUGAAAAUCAGAACGAAUAUAAUUAUAU